UUGUUUUGGGUUUUUUUUUGCAUUUGCUGUUCUCAUCGUUGUUUGUCUUUGACCAUUCCUUCUCAUCCCUCCUUUCCCUUCUUCUCUUCCCGUCUCAUCUCUCCAUUCAUUCUUCUCAUCUGUCUCUCGCAUGUCUCCCCCUCUCUGUUUCCCCUCUUUACCUACAAGUAGUACUACUCUAUCCUUCCCCCCGCCUCCAUUUCUCAUCCCCCUCUUUCCUCCCUUCACUUCCAUCACUGACCCAAUUAAGCAUGGGGAGGGACACAGCAGUAGGAGAGUGACGGAGGUAAGGCAAGAAAGAGAGGGAGGACAGGCAGAAAGAACAGAGAGUUUGAGUCAGCAGCAAGAAAACCAGAGAGAGUCAGAAAACAAUUGCCACCAACCUGCCAGGACAUACACAGUGCAUUGUCCGAAGUUCACCUGGAACUUAAACCACCUUUGACAGCCUCAGAGGAGGUGGGGGUGGAGUAGCAAGUCGAAAUUCCUGCUGCCACGCACUUACCACUCUCGAAGAAGAAACGAGGAGAAUAACAAUCUACCUUCAGUGAAGACAGCGGGUGGGGAGCUGCGCGGAGUUAGGAUGGCCGAACGCCGGGAUAUAGCUGGAGACUGAGAGGAGGGACUGAAGACAAAGACAUUACAUUCUGGGCUGGAAACUGAGGGGGGGGCACGGUUGCCCCUAGGCAAGAGAAAGAUUUCUGGUGAUAGGAAAAAAGGGAGAGGAAGGGGGAAGGAUGCAUCUGUUCUUCCAAGACAAGUGGGAGGUGGAGGGGCUGCAGACUGUGGGUAUCCUCCUGGUGGUCUGCAGUUCCCUCAAACUGAUGCACUUUCUGGGGCUCAUCGACAUUUCUAUGACAGACAGCGUGGAAGAUGACUUUGAGUUAUCCACUGUGUGCCAUCGCCCUGAAAGCAUGGACAAGCUGCAGGAGCAAACUAAGUUUACCAAAAAGGAGCUCCAAGUCCUCUACAGGGGCUUCAAAAAUGAGUGCCCAAGUGGUGUGGUAAAUGAGGAGAACUUUAAGAACAUUUACUCCCAGUUCUUCCCUCAGGGAGAUUCAAGUAUGUAUGCACAUUUCCUGUUUGAAGCCUUCGACACGAACAAAAACGGCUCGGUUAGUUUCGAGGACUUUGUAUUUGGCCUGUCUAUCAUCCUGAGAGGGACCAUUAAUGACCGGUUAAACUGGGCAUUCAACCUCUAUGACUUGAACAAGGAUGGUUGCAUCACCAAAGAGGAGAUGCUGGACAUCAUGAAGUCCAUCUAUGACAUGAUGGGGAAAUACACAUACCCCACCAUGCAGGACGAUGCCCCAAGAGAACAUGUGGAGAGCUUCUUCCAGAAAAUGGACCGGAAUAAAGAUGGGGUGGUCACCAUAGAUGAAUUCAUUGAGUCUUGCAAAAAGGAUGAGAACAUCAUGCAGUCCAUGCAGCUGUUUGACAAUGUCAUCUAAACAUCUGGACCAGUGAGGACACUGGCACCAGAGAGGGGUACGUGUGUGUGGGUGUGUAAGAGGAAUCGGGAUUGAAGAGAGAGAGAGAGAGAAAGAGUCUGAGUGCAUGUGUGUUGCGUGUGUGUGGCUGUCUCCCGACUUGCAAGCUUGUGCUCGUGUCUCUGCUGAGAGCUGAGUCCUGAGGACACAGAGAGGGCCCCCUCCCUCUAACUGGACCCCCCAGUGGCUUCCUCCAAGCAACAAAGGAGUGUCCCCAGCGCCCAUCCUCAUCAUGCAGAACCUUAUGUUUUAUCCCAGAGACACAGAGAAAGAAAGCAAGCAGUGGGCUCACAGCCACCUGCACACCUAACACCCAACCAGCCCCUGCCUGUUUUAUUUGAACUUUUAUUGCUCUUGCUGACGGAGGGACUAUCACAGCCUUUUAAUGGUUGAACUCAGAAGAAGGAUGCUCUCCCUAAACCCUGAUCUCAGAUCACUUUUCCCCUUUCCUCCGUGAUGGCUGAGAGAUGGCAUUGUGAACCUGAUCUUGCCUCUGUGCAUGUGGGUAACACCUUCCUGGAGCCGUAAGACUCAUGGCUCAUUUCCUGGCCAUAAAAAUAGAAAUGAAUCUACAGCCACCUGGUGGACAAGAGAGAAAAAGACACUUCCUGAGGGAGCAACCAACAAAUUGGUGAUCCGAGCGAUCCCGUCUUACAGAGGGAGCUUCAAACGCGUUCUUUUCCACAAGGGACUGAUUUCAAUAUCGCAUGAUGAUGUCACUAAUAUCUAAUUAUGUAUUUACAGAGAUACUCCAAAGUCUGCUCGUCUGUCUGCUGUCCUAGUCAUUCACAGGUGCCUCACCCUUUGUGUAUGUGUGCGUGCAUGUGUAACAGAAGGAGAUGUCAUCUGUCUUACAAAUGACACAACACCCACCUUCAUUCACAGGAUUUUGGUAGAGUAAUUCCCGGCCUUCCAAACUAUUACAAUCCUAACAGUAGUUGUCUAUUGACUGUUGUACAUUUUCUAGCAUUCCCAGUGGUGUUAUAUUAGGCUGUACAAUGUGGGGAUUGCACUAUAAUUUAAUGAGCCGUUUUGACCCUAGCAGCUUCUCUCGACAUGGGAAUGACAUACCACAAUCGUACUAGUCUAUGAAUAUACAUUCAAAGAGAAGUUUAUUAGAUUGCAGAUUGUAUUUGUGAACUUCUUGUAAUCUGAAAUGUCAUGUGGUUUUCACAGGUUCUACCACUUGAAAAAAACAACAGUCUCCACACCCUUUUUGCAUUAAAUCCGACUAUUUCCAUUUCAAGGAGGCAUAAAAUGAUUGUGUGUAGCAAGUGCAAGACAAGGUUUGAUAGCAGUUUUCUUUUUUCUGUGCCCCCGUUGUUCACUCCAUUUCUUAUUCUCCCUCUCUCUGUAACACCAAAGAAACGAUAUCAAUUAAAAAGGUACAUAAAGCCACUUAAGGUAAGACAUUUAGCCCACCUGUGGGUGAAGAAAGAGGGAGUUACUGGGUAUCAAGCUGGACAAGGGGCAAUCAGAGAUAAAAGAGGUAGACUACAUGUAGUUUACCUGCACGCUGUCAAGUGCAAUUUUAGGUUGUGAACCCAUCCAUUAGGCUCAGAUUAAUUAUUUUAGAGCAAUUUGCAACCACUUAUUUGCUUCUUUUCACACUAGAACUAGGCAACACAAAUGUAAGAUGAUGUAAGGCACUCGGGCUGUAAUUAAAUCGGCCAAGUGUCUUAAAAGCUGAAACGAACAUGAAAUAGCAAUAAUGUUCUCCACUCACCCAACGUCUCCUUCCUCUCAGAGCACACUAUAAGGGUGCACUAACGGCCCCGGUAAAAAUAUGCACUUCCAACCCUGCAAUUUCUUAUUUUUUUAUGUUCUGCAGUUUUUACAUUUAUACUUUCUGGAAGAAUGGUUUGGCUCUAAUUGUUCCUGCCCAGUUAUGUUCUUUUCCCCAAACACAAGGAAAACCUGUCUAUACCCGCAUGUACUGUGUCUAGAACAAUGAAAACCUACUAACCCGUGGUACUGACUGUCUAGCUAGCCUAAACUGGUUGCAUAACAUAUUCAAAAUGUGUAUAUUUUGUACAGAGAUAAUAAAAAAAAACAAAAAACACAGUUACUAUGCAAAAUG